GCAUCAGGGAAUAGACACAUUGAAAUAGUCAGGCUACUACUAGCAUCUCUGGGAGUCGAAAUUAGCAAGGCAGACAAUCAUCAUCAUACCGCAUUAUUCUUCCGUUCCAGAUAUGAGUACAACAAUAUUGUUCAAGCGCUAUUUCCCGAUAGGCGAAUUAAUCUAGGCAUUAAGGACUGGUGCUAUUCUACAUCAUUGUCUGCUGCCGUAAGGAACGGCCACUUCGAAGUGGUAGAGGUUUUACUUGUGGCUGGAGGCAUGAUUAUCGAGGGCCAAGACGGUAUUGGUCGGAGUGCUCCUUCUUCGAAAAAGUUUCCAUGGGUAUUUAUUCGCGCUUCACAAGUCGAGAUUCAAGCAUGUCGAACGGGUCUCACGUAA